AUGAGUGCUGCAUUCCUCUACGGUUCGCUUAUUCAUCCACCGUCAUCACCAUCACCUUUGAUUCAACAACAACGCUAUCAUUAUUUAUCACCACCACUCCCAAUUCGCCCCCUAUGCAUAUCCCCCCUCACCACUGCAAUUGUUUCCACCACCUCCGUUCUCCAACGCGAUUCCGCUGUUGAACUCGCGUCGUCGUCGUCUAUCGACUCAACUGACGCCGUUUCAUCGCAGAAUGAAACGGUUCAGUUGGAGACGGAGCGGCACUCCGACGAAACGGUUCCCCUGCCACUCUCGUCCGAAGAUAAAGGAACGAGACUUCGAAAGAAGAAAGACGACGACGCUGUUUCGGAUAACCGCUUCAAGCUCCGCAACGGAAGAGAAGUUUUUGAGGAAAAAGCGUACCUCGUAGGCGUUGAGCGCAAGAAUGAUGUUCAGGAUUUUGGAAUCGAAGAGUCUCUGAGUGAAUUGGCGCAGUUAGCUGACACUGCUGGAUUAUUGGUUGUUGGCUCUACUUACCAGAAGCUUACUUCUCCAAACCCUAGGACAUACAUUGGCUCUGGCAAGGUUUCUGAAAUUAAGAGUGCAAUUCAUGCAUUGGAUGUUGAAACUGUUGUCUUUGAUGACGAACUGUCAGCUGGGCAAUUGCGCAACUUGGAAAAGAUAUUUGGUGGAGAUGUGAGAGUUUGUGAUCGAACUGCUCUAAUCCUUGAUAUAUUUAAUCAACGAGCAGCAACACAUGAAGCAUCCUUACAGGUUUCAUUAGCACAAAUGGAAUACCAACUACCUCGCCUAACAAAAAUGUGGACUCAUCUUGAGCGUCAAGCGGGAGGAAAGGUGAAGGGAAUGGGUGAAAAGCAAAUAGAAGUGGACAAACGUAUUCUGCGUAACCAAAUUGGUAUUCUUAAGAAAGAGCUAGAAUCUGUUAGGAAACAUCGAAAGCAGUACCGUAACAGGCGAUUCUCAGUACCUGUGCCAGUGGUAUCUUUGGUUGGCUACACAAAUGCUGGUAAGAGUACACUUUUGAAUCAACUAACUGGAGCAGAAGUUCUUGCUGAGGAUAAAUUAUUUGCAACUUUAGAUCCAACUACGAGGAGGGUACAGAUGAAGAACGGAAAGGAGUUUCUUCUAACAGACACUGUUGGUUUUAUUCAGAAGUUACCUACAACUUUAGUUGCUGCCUUCAGAGCUACCCUAGAGGAGAUAUCAGAGUCAUCAUUGAUGGUGCAUGUAGUUGAUAUAAGUCAUCCCCUGGCUGAGCAACAGAUAAAUGCAGUCGACAAAGUCCUGUCAGAACUAGAUGUGUCAUCAAUUCCAAAAUUGAUAGUCUGGAACAAGGUUGAUAAAGUUAGUGAUCCCCAUAAACUCAGGCUAGAAGCUGAAAAAAGAGAUGAUGUUGUAUGCAUAUCCGCUUUAAGUGGUGAUGGUUUACAAGAAUUUUGUAAUGCAGUUCAAGACAAGUUAAAGGACUCCAUGGUUUGGGUGGAAGCUUUGGUCCCAUUUGAAAAUGGGGACCUUCUCAGCACCAUACACCAGGUUGGAAUGGUUGAGAAAAUGGAAUAUACUGAGCAAGGGACAUAUAUCAGAGCACACGUGCCCCUGCGUUUUGCAAGAAUGCUCACACCCAUGAGGCAACUGUGCGUAUCGCGACCUUAA